UGCUGCUGCUGCGGCGGGCGGGCUGGCUGGCUGGCUUGCUGGCUCGCUCGCGAGCGCGCCUCUGAUUGACAGAGCCGAGGGGUGGGGACGCAGGGUGGGGUCAGAAACAGGGAGAGGCGGAGGAGAGACCGAGCGAGAACGAGCCCAGCCCCAACUCCCGAGCACGAGCACGGCAACAACACAGUGAGCGACAGAACGAGGGGCGACGGAAGAGCGCGUUUCCGCGGCUCGGAUAUGAAAUAACAAGACUGUCCGAAGACGUACAGCUACUUUGCCCCCCCUCGAAUAGCAACCCGAGAGGCGGAAAGCUGCCAGCGAGACGUUUCUUUCUAUUAUCCCAGCAGCUCACCCCACCCGCUGGACCCCCCGCACUCCACCCCUCCGCACCACGCCGCGCGCAGCCACCGAGAUGCACACGGACACUCGCAACAAGAAAUGUGAAGCGAGUCUCAAGAACACCAGUGCCUCCAGCUCGGACUCAAAGGGAGAAAUGCCAUCGGUCCACAUCAAGACGGAGCCAGAAGAGGCCGAGUGCUCGAAGGCAGAGGGCUGCGAGGACUCGCCAUCGCACACAGAGUUGAAGUCCAAAGGCGCAUCUGCCUCCCCCCCACCGCUCUGCACAGCCAAACAGACAGCCCCCGAAAUCCUUUCCAUUGACCAGACGGAACCAGUUGACCUGUCACUCAAUAAGCCCCGUCCCAGCCUGCCGGUCACAUCAGCAUCCAAUACCUCGAGCGGUCCUGCCCCGACAGUGUCAACCACACCCAUCCCAGCGGUCCUCUCCCCCGGCUCCAUCCUGGCCUCUACUCAGGGUGUGGGUGGGCAGCAGAUCCUACAUGUCAUCCACACGAUCCCAUCUGUUAACAUGCCCAGUAAGAUGGGCCAGCUGCAGACCAUUCCCGUGGUAGUGCAGUCCCUCCCCGUGGUGUACACAACUAUGCCCACUGAUGGUGUGGCGACUGCUGCCAUUACGGUGCCCCUCAUCGGGAGUGAUGGGCGUUCAGAGGGCUCAGUGCGCAUCAAGCCCGGGUCAGCAUCCCCAGUGGAGUUCCAGAGCGACAGUGACGCAGAGAGUGGAACAGAGUCGGGCUCAGCCUCUUUCAGCGCACAGGGCCUGGAUCCCGGUUCAGGUGUUGAUGUGGACAUUCCGGCCGAUCCAGAUUCACCAGACAUGAAGAGGAGACGUGUCCACAUGUGCGACUAUGACGGCUGCAAUAAGGUGUAUACCAAGAGCUCCCACCUGAAGGCACACCGCAGGAUACACACAGGAGAGAAACCCUACCACUGCACCUGGGAGGGUUGCACCUGGAGGUUUGCCCGCUCGGAUGAGCUGACUCGCCACUUCCGCAAGCACACGGGCAUCAAACCCUUCCGCUGUACCGACUGCGACCGCAGCUUCUCGCGUUCUGACCACCUGGCGCUGCACCGAAGGCGCCACGUCAUGAUGUGAGACAGGCCCGGCUCUGGAGGAGAGCGACUGCAACCGCAACCACAACAACCACGACAACAGCAGCAAAAGAAUUGCAGGGGAAAAAGUUUCCCCGCUUCCAUCGGCCCUCCCUUCUUUCAUUUAGAUCAUUGGUCAUGUCUCGCCAGAGAAGAAGCCAAAACAAGGAGGGAGUGCUCGGUCAAUAAGCAGCCUGCGGCAGCUUCCCUUCCAUGGCAUUUCCCGCCACUCUGUUCACAGCCGCGGAGUCCCACAGGCUGAAGCCUAGGCGCCACUCAGGUGAUAUAAAAGGAAGGUGGGCCGAGAGACAAAAGAUCUAGAGCCCAGAAGCAACCCUUGGUGCACCCCACCGCGAGACCUACUGGAGGAAAUCUUCCCCUUCUGCUUCCGUUGCUCAGAAAGGGCAGGUGCCCAGGACUCCUAAACAAAGCCUUCGGUUUGCCAGACAGGGCAAGACGGAGCAUUUCUCCUCCUCUUUGGUUAAUUUGAGAGAAGGGGACAAUGGGGAGGAAUCCGGAGCAGUCUUUUGUUUGUUUACUCCCAUUUUUUUCGGUAUCCCCUGUCACAAGUUCUUUUGCUGUUCUGUAUUUUUGUGUGAGCUUACGCUGAACGUGUGUCUGUAAGCUGAAGUGUGGUUAUGAGGUAAAUUUUAAAGGUCCACUCUCUCCUCUCCCCUCCACCUACCCCCCAUGCCCUCUUAUCUAGAACAACCCCAGAGGGAGGGGUGUUUUUUUUUUUUUUUUUAAAAAAUAUUUUAUAUUUUAAACUUUGUCCUAUACAUCUAUCUGUCCAUAAAUACCACAAGCAUAAAAGACAGGGAGUUACAAAACUGUGAACUAUUACUUUUUUGUGUGUUCUUUGUAUUGUCAAUCAAAACUUCACAUUUUCCCUAAAGUUAGACCAGUUGAGCAACAGUAUUCACUUCAAGUAAUUUUUUAAUUAAUGCUUUUAGUUCAACCUCCUCCCUGGAAAGGCUAGCUCCUAACUAAUACUAAUAAUCCCCAAGAUGACAUAGAAAUUACUGAAAAAAUAAAUAUAGUGGCUUUGGUAAGGCUGUGAAGGGAGAAAGUGAGAUUACAAACAUUAUCCGCAGGGAAUGGAGAAGCAAUGUGUGUUUAACAGAAAGGUGUCUUCAGUUUUUGUUUGUGUUUUUUUGAGUGUAGAAGGAAGGUACUAUUACUUUUGUCUCACUUUAAGCAGCAGAGACAAUGUGAAUUGAAUCCAUCGGGAGGAAUUGUUUGUGCAUUUGCAAGUCGGAGCAACUGACAGAAUUGUUUGUGCGUUUCGUGGAGGCUCAAAAAGUAGUGUACAGGUAUAGUAUGGUACCGGUCUCCAUGCACAGCUGAUCUCUGUGUCUUAAAACAACCCAUCAUAAUUCUUGCCCAGGGACCCUUGCUUGUGCAACACAUGAAGACCUCAUCCCCCAAAUGCAGUACAAAGGAAGGAUUAUAACAAGUUACUCAUGUAGCUGUAGUCCCCUGUGGUGUGUGUGUGGUGUGCAGUUUUUUGGGCAGCCUCUCUACAUAGCCAUUGUACAGCUGAUGCCUGUGUACAAAAAAAAAACACAAAACUGCGUGAAAAUUCAAAAUGCCUCAUUGAAAAAAUCAGCAGAAGAUGCUUGCUGUUGUGCUGGAGUAAAAUAAGGUCUUCAGCCCAGAGAAGAUUUACAGUGGUCAGAUUAUCAUAUCCCUCUUGUGUAAUCUAAAGUGUUACUAAGCACAUUCUUUUUUUAAAAAAGUAUUUAAUUGCAAUUCUUUUGUAAACUGUUCAGACAUUAGGACAAUGACAAAUAAUUGAAAAUACAAUAAAUGUAUAUAAUGUAUAUAAUCAGAAAUGCAGAAUAAAAAUAACGGGUGGAUUUCUAUUUUUAACACUGACUAGACAAUGUGAAAUAUCCUUUUUGCUCUCUGGUUUCAUGAAAUGUGUCAUUUGGCUUUUUUUUUAAUUAUUAUUAUUAUUAUUAUUAUUAUUUUUUUUUUUAAUCUGAGGAUUUCCACGUGUGUCGUGCUCACUUGUGUUGCAUGGAAUGUACCAUUUUUGUGAAGUGGCGCAUGUGCAGACCGACGGUAAACCGGCAGUCAGGGACCGUAGGCACUGAGACCUGCGCAGUGGUAUCUUCUUGAAGAGAUCCGUCUCUACCUGUGCAAUGCAUUAGGAAGCCAGCCCGCUGCAUUCCUGUCACACAAACAUACAGCACACACAACACUGUUCAAUCUCUCUACCUACAUCUCUUAAGGAUAGGCAGGCAAACGAGUCAGUCUUAAAAAGGAAGUGACUUUUAAAAAGAAAAGGUAUGGGGGGGAAGCAAGCCUCGCGAUCUUCGUGUGUAUGGGUGUACCACCUGAGAAGCUCAGAGUUCAAGGGAUCAUCGAAGUUCUGUUCAGAAUUUUGACUCAAAUUCGGUGAGCACUGCUCCGUUUCCGUGGAAGUGUGGACGUAUUAGCAUGGCUUCCGUUCUUUGCCAAUUAGUGACUGUACUGAUGCCAACGCUGUAACAAGUUCCGAAGGGCCGGUAUGUGACUAGCAUGAUGUGUAGUAUGUGAACACGGACAGCUGGUUAAGAACUGAAGAAAUCGGCGCCUCCUGACGAGUCAUGUAAACAACAGGGAUUUUCUUUGGUGUGUCUGUGUACGUGUGUUGGUGUGUAUGGGUGUGUGCGCUUGUGUGUAUGAGUAUGCACAUGUGUGCUUCUACUCAUCAUAAUCUAAAUCUUCUUUAAAAAAAUCAUAGGUAUUUUAUAUUGAAUGCAGUAAUUUAUGGGCCAGUAAUAUAAUACUCAGUGCAAUGCAGUUAUUGUUAUAAUACAAAUAAUAUUUCUUUUGUAUUUGUACAGAACAAAUGUGUAAAGAUCAGUAAGGAAAAUCUGAGCUUUUUGAUACUGUGAGGAAUAGUGUGAAAAGUCAGUUUCCCUGUACAGUUGUGAUUACCCCCUCCCCCCUUUUUAUAGAAUAAAAUGUUUUU